AUGGCCUAUUUUAAGGCUGCCUGGGCCGCCGAUUCCUUAAACGGUCUUAAACGCUUAAACGGUGCGGGAGAGCUCCCGAGUCACUCAUCAAAGAAGGGCGAGGACGGUCUCUGUAAAGACUACCGCCCGGGGGUCCAGCUCGGGCGCGACGUCUCCCAGGUGGAGCUCGACGCGCUGGGCCGACAGUGCCCCGUCGAGCUCGCGCAGCUGACUCCUCUGCGCGCGGGGACGUACGUCAAGGAGUUUGUGCACGGCGACUUCGGGCGCACCUCGCCCUCGCUCGGCGACCUGCUCGGCUGCGAGGCGGACAUCCUCCAGCUCGACGUGCUGGGCGUGCGGCCGGCGCGCGAGAGCGCCCAGCCGCCGCCGCCCCUGCCGCCCUUGCCGGAGUGAUAGCGGGGGACCGGGGGAUGGGGAGGGAUCGGCACGGUGACCGCGCGGGCGCGUGAGCGGACCACCCGGGGUGAUGAUAAAGUUAAAGAAAACGCUCGUCCA